AUGAUUUGUCUGGCCUCUGCCUCCUAUUCCCACGCAGGAUCCUCUAGCCCAGAAGAUAAGUAUCAGUCACUGAGGACAGACAGGAUGGCCACCAGGGAUCUGGCAAUAAGAGUGAUCUUCUUAAUCCAGACUGUGGUUGGAAUCCUGGGGAACUUGUCUCUUCUUUACCAUUAUGUCCUUUUUUCUUUCACUAGGUGUAGGCCAAGGCCCACAGAUUUGAUUGUCAAGAACCUGAUUGUAGCCAACAUUUUGGUCCUGGUCUCUUUUGGAAUACACCAUACCCUGUCAACUUUUGGGUGGUAUAACAUGUUCAGUGAUUUUGGAUGUAAAUUCUUCCCCUAUGUUCGUGGUGUGGGCAGGGGCGUGUCCAUUGGCAUGACCUGCCUCUUGAGUGUCUUCCAGGCCAUCACGAUCAGCCCCCAGAACUCCAGAUGGACAGCGCUUAAAGAGAAAGCUCUCAAGUGCCUUGUCCCUUCACUUGUCCUAUGCUGGGUCUUGCAGAUAUUGAUAAAUAUCAUGUAUCCUGUGGUUAUGGGUAGCACUUUGAACAAGAAUAAUAUCACAAACAGAAAAAGUUUCGAGUACUGUUCAGCUGUUCGUUAUGAGAAAACCAGAAAUUCAUUGAAUACAAUGUUGUUAACAUUACCUGAUGUGUUGUAUGUGGGGCUCAUGCUCUGGGCCAGCAUUUCUAUGGUUUUCCUUCUGUACCAGCACAAGCAGAGGGUCCAACACAUUCAUCGGACCAGCGUCUCCUCCACAUCAUCCCCUGAGUCCACAGCCACCAAAACCAUUUUCCUCCUGGUGUGUACCUUUGUCUACUUUAAUACCCUUUCGUCGGUCUUUCAAAUUGUUUUGUCUGUUUUUGACUGUCCCACCUGGUACCUCGUGAACACCAGUUCAGUGAUCGCUCUGUGUUUCCCAGCUGUCAGUCCCUUUCUGCUCAUGAGCCGAGACCCCAGGGUAUCCAUGGUCUGCUUUCCCUGUAUAAGGAAUAUAAAAUGCCCUCAUUUUAUGAGAAUUGUGUAA